CUGCUGAGUUUUUCCAGGUAUUUUUGUUUUUGUUUUGGAUUUCCAGUAUUCGCAGUUUUUUGCUUUUAGUUAUUUCCUCCUUGGUGCUACCAUUCACAGGUGUAUAUCUAAUGGGUGUGGCUGGAUGCACGUCACACAAAAGCAAACUUUUCAUGUCAAACUAGUUCAUCAACUUUGAUUCAGCUGAAACCCAGGACACCAGUCAGUUUCUUACACAGUCUGCGGACAUUCUCCUGCUUCUACAGUGUCCAACAGCUAUUUGCAGUUCCUGAUUUUAAGGUGAAGCACUGAACGUGAAGUGAGAUAUUUCAGGUGUCGGGACUUCCUCUGAAACUGUAUCUUCAGGUCUAAAAGCCAACGCAGACUCAGGACUUCAGGAAUGACUUCAAUCCCAAAUAUUUAUGAGAAUUAUUUGCCAGAGCACGUUCAACCAUCUGCAAACCGCAACUCACAAGGGCAGUACCUACCGCAACCUUAUCCCAACGCAGGAGGACACCAAGCCCCACCUUACCCCGGUGCUGCAGGGUAUCCAGCUCAACCUUACCUCAAUGCAGGAGCAGGAACAUACCAGCCGUAUUACAUUCCUACUCCAGGCCCUGCACUUCCUCCAACUCAAGUCACCCAGAGUAAUGUCCCGCGCAGGAAGCCUGAUAAAUCCUGUAAUCCAAAGAAGAAGACUUACUGUUGUGUUAUUUCCCUCUUCUUGAUCUUAUGCGUGUUGGGCAUAGGAGUUUGGAUCAUUUUUAAGUUUAUGAAGGACAUUCCAACACGCCAUCACUGCCCUUCCAUGGUGACCACUUGCGAUGGAGUCAGUGAGUGUACAGACAAGAGUGAUGAACUGGGGUGUGUACGAUUCAGUGGGACCGGAUCACAGCUAGAGGUCUAUGGAUGGCAGUCCAAGCAAUGGUUACCUGUUUGUUACACAGCCUGGAACAAAGCUUUGGCAAAGAAUACGUGUCGACAACUGGGGUACAGAAGUUUUUACCAGACUGGGAAAACGACCGAAGAGCAGUCUACAAGCCUUGUGAUCAACUCAACAAAGCAAGGGACCAAAAUCCAAGGUCUCCUGAGCAGCAGCCCCGGAUGUACCACUAAAGAUACCGUCUCUCUCAAAUGCAUUGACUGUGGCAAGAGGAUCAAGACCGCAUCACGAAUCGUGGGUGGAGUGCCAGCCCAAUUGAGCAAAUGGCCUUGGCAAGUUAGUCUCCACUACAAGUUACGGCACGUGUGUGGUGGAACCAUCAUCUCGCAGGACUGGGUCAUCACUGCAAGUCAUUGCUUCUUUGAGGAUGAUAGCUAUAAGCCGUCUAACUGGAAGCUGUUCAGUGGUUUCAUUUCUCAAUAUCAGCUCCUUGGAGCCACUAGAAGUUACGUCUCAAAAAUUGUCAUUCACAAUAGCUACGACUCAGACACCGAAGAUUACGACAUUGCUCUGUUGAAGCUCAAGAGCCCUUUGCAGUUUACAGAUAAUGUCAAACCUGCCUGUUUGCCAACCUAUGAUCAACAAUUUCCUGAAGGGAUGACCUGUUGGAUAACCGGCUUUGGCUAUACACGUGAAGGUGCAAAUUUAAUUUCAAACAUCCUUCUAGAAGCUUCCAUCAACAUCAUCGGCAGCAACACUUGCAACCAGAGAAGCUAUUACAACGGAGCAAUAACACAGCGUAUGAUCUGUGCUGGAAAGCUCUCUGGGGGAGUUGAUUCUUGUCAGGGUGACAGUGGGGGGCCUCUUGUAUGUGAAGUAUCUGAUACCUGGUACCUGGCAGGAGUUACAAGCUGGGGGAUUGGCUGCGCUCGGAUAAACAAGCCUGGUGUUUACGCCCGGGUGACGCAACUCACUGACUGGAUCUUCACACAAAUGGAGGCUAACAGAAACUAAUGAAAAGGAUGGGCACUGACCACACAGACUAGUGCGAUCAAGGUUGUUAGCUCUGGUCUAUACUGCUUGUCUAAAAGACUGACAUUGGGGAGGCUGGUUUCUCUCAUUGCUUAUUAAAGCACUGGAAAUGUUUAUUAAAAAAGAGAGACAGUAGCUGUGCAAAAUAUAACUUUGCUAAUCAAUGUAGGGAUUAGUUAUUCAUUUAUCAACAGGUAACCUCAACCUGAUCUUCAGAUCUUUCUUGUGCAGUGUUCCUCCAUUUUAAGUUACUGUAUUGUAUACGUUCCCUCAGAUCCUCACUGUUUACGUGGGUAGUUUUCAUAUACUCUAUGUGUGCACUGGCUUCGUAUUCCUUUCAGAAGCCCCAAUAGAGAUUUUCAGUUUGAGAUACAGGGAUAGAAUCUCUGCUUUGGGCGCAACUCAGGGGAAAAUUGCACCCAAAAUUGCACCUCUUUUGAGAAGUGUUUAAUUUCUUGGACUUUCCCUCAAACCCACUUGCACAUUGCCAAACACAAAAUCUGCCAUGUCAUUCUAAAAAAACGUUUGCUUUAAAAAUAUUGCUUUAUAUAUUUGGGUGGUAACUUGUUGCAAUUUAAUUAGUUCAACUGAAAAUGUGUUCAUCACCAAACAAAUCAUUUUUAAUCAGUGUUUGUCCACCAGCUGCAAGUAACCUGAUUUUAAAUGACUAAAUAUGGCUUUAAAAAAAACAGAACUACUUGCUCAUCACUUUGGGAUACAGUAAUCAGUUCCUUAGUAAUAUUUUUUAAAGAAAUACUUUUUAAAGCUUUUAAAAUGUGCCCUUAGUGUUCUUGUAGUCAAAAGAACCCGCUUGAUUUUUACAACCUGCUCAAAACCUCAUCGUAGUGACAAUUUGAUCGAGGUGUGGACAGGGUCAGACUUCAGGUGUGCUGUUUGUUAAACUAACGUGAAAGAUUGCAGAAACUCAAUUUACACUUAAAAUUCUGCAACAUUUUGUGCGAGUGACACGGAUUUCAGGUGAAAUGCACCAAAAAAACAACAGUGGCGACUAACAAGAAACGUAAGAAUAGGGGGAGGCCAUUGAGCUAACAUGGACAUUUUGACAUGUCAUCCGGCUGUUAACAUUUGGAUAGAAUCAUAGAAAGUUUACAGCACAUAAAGAGGCCACUUGGCCCAUCAUGUCUGUGCUGGCUGGAUGAUGAUAACACUAGUAUAAUUAAGCUAUGCAAGUGAGACUACUAUGGGUGAGGACAGAAUCAUAGGAACAGGAGGAGGCCAUUCUGCCACUCAAGACUAUUCUGCCAUUCAGUGAGAUCCUAGUUGAUCUGUAUCCUAAGCCCAUUUACCUAUCUUGGCUCCACAUCCAGCGAAAAUCUAUCAAUCUCAUAUUCAAAAUUAUCAAUCGAGCUAUAGCAUCUACACUGUUACCACAUUUUGCAUAAAGGAGGGUUUAAUGUCUUUCCUGAAUGACCUAGCUCUGAUUUCUAUGACAACCCACUCUCCCCAGGUGAAUUCAACUUUCUAUGGGUGUAGGUAGUGCCCAGAGUUAUGAAGAAGGGAUGCAAUUCAGUUGUUCUGUGUUUGGUUAUGUGAGUCUGGUAAUUGAUCUAUGCUCACGGUGCUUGUGUGGGCACAGACCAAAGUAAACAGGCAUUACCGAAGCUCCUAGAAGCUGAGCUGUAAGCAUGAGUGCGGACGUUUUGUGAUUGCAGAGAUAUUUUAAAACUCUCGUGAGUAAACCUGUUGCACACUUUUAGAAACUAGCGUCAUCUCUGCAUGCUCUGAGAUAUAUAAAAUAGACAAAGAUAUUGCACGAUGUUUGUUAAAUGUUUUUGAGGUAUUUCCCUAUUCUCUCUGAUCACUGAAGUACAGAAAAAUAGCUAAUGUUUCUUAAAAGUAAAGGGAGGAGGAAUUAGAUGGUUUAAGCAAUGGAAGUUGAGAUCUUGACUUUCAAACAUAGUGUAAAGAGCGCUGAACUACAUUCAGUGAUGGCCAAUAACCCUCGGAAAGCAAUAACUGGAAAGAACAAUAUAGUUGAAAUGAAUCCAACCAAACUUGAAAAUUGACAUAAAUCUGAUUUAUUAUAAUUAUUAAGAUGGUGCUUGAAUUAUAUUUUUCUCUGAAAAUAAAGUGAGAUAUAUUUUCAUUCGUA